AGGGAAGGAAGAAUUCUUUUCCUCACCAGACAUGUCCUGAUGACAGAGAUAAGCUCCUUGUCCACUCCUAUGGCCAAUGCAUCAAUGAUAAAUGACUCACAAGUACAGAACAGGACUGACAGACCUGAUGAAGUCUUCAGAAUCUUGUCCUAUGUUAUUUUGCCUGUCAUCAUUUUGGGACUAGUCGGCAACGGAGCCAUUUUCUGGUUUCUGUGUUGUAGAAUCAAAAGGACUAAAUACACUGUGUACGUACUGAACUUAGCCAUUGCUGAUUUCAUUGUACUCUUCUGUUACAUCUUAUCCUUUGUUUUCAGUUUAAUUAUAUGGGGAAGACUAGCUUUUGAGCCCUACCUGUAUGAGGCAAUGGAUAUCUUGACUCUUUUUGGCUACACCACCAGUUUCUUCCUGUUGACAACCAUUAGCAUUGAGAGGUGUCUGGGUGCUUUCUUUCCACUCUGGUACAAUUUUAAUAGGCCAAAGCAUCUCUCAGCUGUAUUAUGUGCUCUUCAAUGGGUCCUCUCCUGUGUAGUGACUGCAGUGGAAUUUUUCACCUGCUGGUCAAUAAUUUUCUCAUCUGAAGAAGAAUCUGACAGAAUGUGGUCUGCUGCAAAGAUAUUCCUUACUAUCAUUUUUGUGAUUUUUAUUCCAAUCAUGGUCCUUUGCAGUUUGAGCCUAUUUGUUAAAAUACAGAGACAUUCACAGCCAACCUCUCCAGCACGACUUUACCUCACUAUCGUUAUCACAGUUGUCCUAUUCGUCAUUUUAGCAUUGCCAUUCAGAUUGGUAUGCCUGAUAAGUUACUGGGAUCCAUCAACAGAAUUCAAUGGGACUCUCCUUCGUUGUGUUACCCUCCUUAAUUUCAUCAACAGCAGUGUGAAUCCUUUUGUUUACUUUCUUGUUGGAAGGAAAAAAUGGCGGGCGUCUCGGGAAACGCUCAGUAUGGUGCUUUAUAGAUCCUGCAAAGAUGAGGUGGAUGUAGUGGCACAAGAACACAUGAGCAAAGAACAGGAGGCCUGA